AUGUAUAAAACCAACAUUGUUUUCAACGUUUUAGCUUUGGCAUUGUUCAGUAUUUUCUUCGCGAGUUGCACGGAUAUGAAGGAUGAAAGCGACAGAGGAGCUCACAGUGAGCGGGGCGCUCUCUGGUUUGGCCCCAGACUCGGGAAGCGGUCAAUGAAGCCGUCAACUGAAGAUAACAGGCAAACCUUCCUGAGGCUGCUCGAGGCGGCUGAUGCCCUCAAAUUUUACUACGACCAGCUACCUUACGAGAGGCAAGCCGAUGAACCGGAAACCAAAGUAACAAAGAAGAUCAUCUUCACCCCCAAACUCGGGAGGAGCGUCGCCAAACCCCAGACGCAUGAAAGCCUCGAAUUCAUCCCCCGGCUCGGAAGGCGGCUCUCUGAGGACAUGCCUGCUACGCCAGCUGACCAGGAAAUUUACCAACCUGACCCCGAAGUAAUGGAGUCAAGAACAAGAUACUUCUCGCCCAGGCUGGGGCGCACCAUGAGCUUUUCGCCCAGACUGGGAAGGGAGCUUUCGUACGAUUACCCUACAAAAUAUAGGGUUGCCAGAAGCGUUAACAAGACAAUGGACAACUAAACGAAUUAUGGUCCGCUUGAGGUACCUCAUUUGAGGUCUCGAUCGACUCCGACGAACGGUUACGGGUAAACGGCGACAAUGUUAAUGUUU